GAGACGAAUCUUUCUUAGAUCGUAUGAUCUGAUUCCGAUCAGAAGAAACAAGAAGAUGGGAAUCGUGUUCACGAAGUUGUUCUCUUCCGUGUUUGGGAACAAAGAAGCUCGUAUCCUCGUCCUCGGCCUCGACAAUGCCGGAAAAACCACUAUCCUCUAUCGGCUUCAAAUGGGGGAGGUAGUCUCCACGAUUCCGACUAUUGGAUUUAACGUCGAGACAGUACAGUACAACAAUAUCAAGUUUCAGGUCUGGGAUUUAGGUGGACAAACGAGCAUUAGGCCAUAUUGGAGAUGCUAUUUCCCAAAUACACAAGCAGUGAUUUAUGUUGUUGAUUCGAGUGAUACAGAUAGAAUUGGAGUGGCGAAAGAGGAGUUCCAUGCAAUUUUGGAGGAAGAGGAAUUGAAAGGUGCAAUGGUUCUUAUAUUUGCAAACAAGCAGGAUCUACCAGGUGCACUCGACGAUGCAGCUGUGACAGAGGCCUUGGAGUUGCACAAGAUAAAGAGCCGUCAAUGGGCAAUCUUCAAAACAUGUGCUGUGAAAGGCGAAGGACUUUUCGAGGGCUUAGACUGGUUGAAAUGUGUAAUCCGGAUGCUGAACCUGAAUCAACCAUUGAAUCCAAACGAGGAAUGUUACAAGGCCUUGAUCUACGACGAUUUCUGUGAGAAGAUUAUCGCUCCUCUGAUGCAAGUGAAGGAUCUUCGUAAACAAGGAGUUACACUUCCCUUGUCCAUCAACAAAAAGAGAGAAGCUGUUGGUGAUGCUGCAGCUGUCUACUUUCUUCAACCCACUGAAUCCAACAUCCAGAGAAUCAUUGCAGAUGCUUCUAGAUCUCUUUACCAUUCCUAUCAUCUGAAUUUCUCGUAUCGUAUCCCUCGCCCGCUCCUCGAAACUCUCGCUUCUGCGACUCUGAAUUCGGGUUCCACUGAGAGACUUGCAACGGUGCAUGAUCAGUAUCUCGAGUUUGUUACUUUGGAAGAUAACAUGUUUUCUUUGGCUCAGGAAUCUAUCUAUCUUCAGUUGAAUGAUCCAUCAGCAGGAAAUAGAGAGGUCGAGGAUAUUAUCGAAAAGGUCGCUAAUGGGCUGUUCUGUGUACUGGCAACGCUUGGUGUGGUGCCUGUAAUCCGAUGUCCUCGUGGUGGACCAGCGGAGAUGGUUGCAUCAUCGUUGGAUCAGAAACUUAGGGAUCAUCUUCUGUCUAAGAUCAAUCUGUUUACCGAAGGUAGAGGCGGUUUCAUUAGUUCGUUUCAGCGGCCUUUGUUGUGUAUUUUCGAUAGAAACUUUGAACUCUCGGUUGGGAUUCAGCAUGAUUUCAGAUACAGGCCUCUUGUUCAUGAUGUUUUGGGUCUAAAGCUCAACAGUUUGAAAUUGCCUGGCCAAAAAGAUGAUAAGAAAACAUUUGUAGACAGUUCAGACCCGUUCUGGUCAGCAAAUGGUUCUUUAGAGUUUCCUGAAGUCGCUGUAGAAAUCGAAACUCAGUUGAAUAAGUACAGAAAAGACGUGGAAGAGGUUAACAGGAGAACUGGAGGUGGAAACGGGAGUGCAGAGUUUGAUGGGGCUGAUCUGAUUGGGAACACCAAGCAUCUGAUGAAUGCUGUCAACUCACUUCCGGAGUUGACAGAGAGAAAGAAGGUGAUUGACAAGCACACCAACAUUGCGACUGCGCUGCUAGGAGAGAUCAAGGAGCGAUCUCUGGAUGCAUACACUAAGAAAGAGAAUGAGAUGAUGGUGAGAGGCAGCAUAGACAGGAGCGAGCUUCUAUCUGUUUUGAAAGGGAAGGGUACCAAAAUGGACAAGUUACGAUUUGCCAUCAUGUACCUAAUCUCCUUGGAAACCAUCAACCAGGCUGAAGUUGAAGCCGUGGAAGCGGCAUUGCGUGAAGCUGAGGCCGAUACAAGAGCGUUUCAGUAUGUGAAAAAGAUCAAGUCGCUGAAUGUGUCUUUGGCAGCCUCAGCAAGCAGAAGCAACAUUGUUGACUGGGCUGAGAAGCUUUAUGGUCAGUCUAUAAGCGCGGUCACUGCAGGGGUCAAGAAUCUCUUAUCAAGUGAUCAGCAACUGGCGGUGGCGCGGACAGUUGAAGCCUUAACUGAGGGAAAACCAAACCCAGAAACCGAUUCAUACCUCAUGCUGGAUCCGAGAGCUUCAAAGUCAGGAUCUAGUGGUAAUAGUUAUGUGAAGGGGCCUUUCAAAGAAGCCAUAGUUUUCAUGAUUGGUGCAGGUAACUACAUCGAAUAUAGCAGUUUGCAGGAGCUCUCGCAGCGACAAGAGAUGGUUAAGAACAUUAUAUAUGGAGCCACAGAGAUCCUUACUGGAUCUGAGCUUGUUGAGCAGCUCGCUGUGUUGGGUCAAAAAAUGGGACUGAAAUAGAGAAUAUCAGGUUUUUAAGGUUGAAUCUUAGUCAGGUGGAUUGGUUAGCCUGGUGUUGUUAGGUGCAGUUGCAACUUUUGCUUUUACUAUUUUGUAUUUUAUAUAAGUGUAUACCUUUUAACUAAUAUUUUUGUUAAUGCCAUUCACAAUUUCACAUAUUCAUUUACAAUUUUGAUGGAUGGAUAUUUAUGUUGUAAAAUCAGGUGCAUCCAUGAAACUACAAAUUUUGCAUACAGAAGGUAGAAUGAAUCAGAACUUGUACUAAUACAUUUAUUCUAUGUUU